GAAGAAGAUGGCAGCAUUCCUUUCGGGGUCAUCUAAUGACAAGCAAAAAACUCACUGGGUUAAAUGUUCUGAUCUUUGUUACCCAACUGAAGAAGGGGGUGGGGUAUCAGGUCUUUGUCUACAAUUCAAAAGGCUUUCUCUAUGAAAAUCUGGUGGAAAUGGAAAACUCAUAUAUGAAGCUCAUUCUUCAAAGCUAGAUAUCCCAAAGAAGAUAUGAAUGUUAAAGUCACCGACUCAGCCAUUUGGAGGAGGAUAUGCUUCAAAGCUAGAACAAUUCACAUUAUCCACUGUUUACAAUGAACUAAGAGAGGUUCUUUCCCAUACUUUUACUCAUAGGCAUAUUAGGCAUAAAACCCAACCAAUGCAAAUUAAGAUCUUUAUUUGGAAGCUUCUUCAUAACUGCAUGCCUAUUACCGAUAAUCUGCGGAGAUUUAAUUUGGUCAUAAGGCCUUCCAGGUGUCCUAUGUGCAUGAAUAAUUUUGAUACAAUAAACCAUCUCUUCUACCAGUGUUCUUUAUCAAAACAGAUAUGGAGUUAUUUCAUGAAUAUAUUUCACAUACCUAUUCCAAGACGUCAGCCAUAGGUCAGACAAAUAUUUAUACAAUGGUGGUUGGAGGCUGGUUCUAAGACUAUGGGAGAUCUAUUCAAGCACAAUUUACCAGAUUAAACACCACACUCAACCCUGGUCAGCUAAUUUCUCUAAAAUGAAGCAAAGAAGAAUUGAAACUUAUCUGAUUCAGGAGGGGAUGAUUGCUCAUAACUUCACUUAUGGAAGACCGAUGUUCCAUCGAUGGAAACGACCACAGGGUGAGUAUAAGUUAAAUGUUGAUGCCUCAUUCUCCUAUGACAGUUCGGCAGGGGGUGCCAUUUUCAGAGACAAAUUAAAGGGGGGAGAUGAUUUGGGCGAUACAAUUUCCAAUCAGUGCUAACUCCAGUCAGGAAGCUGAAGGGCGGGCUGUGCUUUUUCCGAUUAGAAUGGCUAUAGAGCUUGGUUUGUUAAUCAAAAUAAAAGCUUCAUUGACUAAACUGUGAACUGCAAACUUCCCCCAAAAGUCAUUGCUAAUCCAGGGAUGAGUAAGUCAUUUUCAAACUGAGUACUAAUUUAAUUUCACACAUGAGGCAGUUCAAUGUUCUCAUACACGUUUUUAAUUGCAAC